CGAUUCUCUUUAGGUUUUUACCAAACAAACCACCCAACGGCGCUUUCCAAAAAUCACACACCGAAAUUCGAAUACUCUAAUUCCUCUCUCUCUCAUAUCACAAAAUCGUCUCUGUUGCUCUCACCACUGUACAACAAUGGCGGUGGCGUCGUCGAGAUCAAGAUCGAACACGUACUCGUGUCGCAAAUCGCAGCCGUUGUUUUCCUCGUCGUCCUCGGGCUUCGCUUCGUCCACCUCCUUCAGCUUCUCCUCCGCCACGUCGACGUUCUUCAAUCGCUCUGGCUCCGCCACGCGCCUCUCCGUUUACGACCGCUCGCCGUCCCAGUCGUCGUCGUCUUUGCGGUUCGAGAACCGCUCGGGCUCUCCGGGCCGUUCUAUUUCGGUGCAGAACCACUUUAACCACGGCAACAAGAAUAACUACAAGAACGGCACUACCAGCAAGAAGACGUGCCUUUGUUCCCCUACGACGCACCCGGGCUCGUUCCGAUGCGCCCUGCACAAGAACUCGCCACGUGGCGGAGCGGCUCACCACUCGAAUAGUAACGGCCAAACGUCGUCGUAUCACUCGAGUAUCAGACUGAACCACAGAAGGUCGGCGAUGAAAAACUCGCUGGUGAGAAUCGGAGGGGUUGAAGGGGACUUGGUGAAGAGGGCUUUGUCGGCUCUGAUCAGGCCUUCUUCGCACAGCCAGCGGCGCCGAGUUGAUUUUCAGCCCAAGCCAAGCCGACUCUCCGUAAUGUCCAAAGCUUCCGACGACGACGUUUAAGUCCCGAUUCUUGAUUCUUUGUUUUGUUGUGGUGAAGUUAAGGUUUAGGGGCAGUUUGAUAAGAGCGAGUUAACGGUUGAGUUGACUCAGAAAUCGUUCACCAGUUUUUUUUCGUGAAGGAUGAUAGGAUGAUGAUAGCACUGUAGAUGAUGAAUUUCUUUUUUCUGGGAUUUAAUAGCCAGAUUAUUUUUUUUUUUAGAAUUCAUUUUGUAAAUUUGAUUUGGGUGUUGGCAGAUGAAAUUGUGAUGGGUUUUUUUGGUUGCAAAUUCAUGCUCAUUUGAGAUUCAGAUUAUGGGUUC